UGUACGAGGAGCUUACAGGUUAUGGACGUUAAUGAACAAGGCGAAUGAACGCCGAAUUGGACGGCAACCGAGUCAACCUCACAAGCGGGGUCGGGACGGGUCGGAUCCGGAUGAGUGGUCCCACCGGAAGUUGAAAGGUGCGUGCAGACGAUGAAUUUCUUCUCGAAGCCGUUACUUCUCUCCAAGGUGAGGCGAGUCUGAACGAGAGACUGUAUGGAGAGUUGGGCCGCUUUGAAGUAUAAAUACAUUGUAUAAUCAGAUAAGUAUAACUAUUCAAAAGGUUGCCUUUUUAUUCUAUCGUAAAAUAUAAAUAUUAGUGUUAGUAAAUUAUAUGGUAUAUAUAAACGUUAUUCGUGCUGAACAGAGAUAAAAUGUUUUGCUAGAUGCUGGAGAUUAGAUCCAUAUUUUGUAGGACAUACCAUGACAUUGGAAAAUAUAAAUCGUUAUAAUAUAUAUAGAUGACAGUAAUCUUUUGUGAUAAUGACCUUUAUCAUUUAUAUAGGACAAACUGUCAGACAAGCGAACAUCCACACUGUCGACAUAAAUAUACGCAAUAAAUGUGACCAAUAUGUUAAAAAUAUGCAAAAAUACAUAAACUGUAAAAUACUUUACAAUGGUAUAUUUUUAGCCUUUUCUAGCAUCUUUAUAGCAUAAUGAAUGUACUACAUUAGAUGCCGACAGACAACAAGAGUGAUAUUGAGUGGCCUUUAACGUUAUCAAGGGUCAAGUGUAUCAAGAGUAAGUUCAGUGUUUAACUUAAUGUAAAUACCAAUACAUUUAACCAUGCCAAUCUUACAAUAUAGGCUCUGUUAAUGCAUUCGCAUCAUGUGCGAGUUCUUUCAGCGCCCUGUUCUAGGCUGUAUGCAAGGAGGCGGAGAAAGGCCUUCAACCUUGCGGCAUCCUGUCACUCCGGCUUCGCAACCACGUGUCACACGGGCUCACGCUCCUGUCAGUGCAUUUACAUUCGGAACUCCUCGGCCACUUUCCAUCGAAAACAACCUCGGAUAUAUGCCGGUACAUCAGAAGAAGUAGAUCGUUGAAUUAACAAGAACACCUGAACGGACCUCUGUUUCUUCCACGAGGUUAUAUUCAAGGCGGUCACGUCCCGGUGGUGUUUCAGCGGAUCCAAGGGUCUGUAUUCACGAAUGUAACAGACUAGGCUCAGAAGACUGAGAUGUUGUUUUUUUUUAAUUUGGAGGAAAGAUGUGUCCCUGCUUGUUAAACAUAUUAUUUGUGACAAUUUCGGCAAUUUUUACCGUCUUUUCACCUGUUAUAUUUUUGCAACAAAAUAAGGAUCUUGCUUUUCUGAGUCUGAGUCCCAAACUUAGACUGAAGACGCUAGUAAAUUGGACCCAGGUGUCGUCUGCAACGUCAUCUUCAGCGUUCUCUUUUUCUUCUUACACUCAACUGCAUGUCCACUUCAGUUGCGGUCAAUUGUAUGGGACAAUUGAAAAAACGCUGCAAACUUUUAACUGAAUGCGAUAGGGAGCCCAGCCAUAAAUGCAUCUUAGUUCCUGUAAUCUCGUCUGGAAUCAGACUCAGGGUGUGCCCACUUCCCCCGAAAUCUUUGAAACUGUUUAACUUUUAUGAAAUAUGAUGCUAAGUCCUGCAUGUAAUAAAGGACAAAUAAGCAGAUCAAAUAAACAACAAAUGAACAAUGGAAAACGACUAAUUAUCAAUUACCUUACACAAUGCUUAAAAUAUAAAAAAAAAGUUUAGUUGAGCUUAAAACAAUUGAGCAGCAUUAUUUAAAGAAAAGAUUUGGUUAUUAUUUACAUGUUGAACUUUUUAAAUCAGAUGAUUUUGGAAAACAUAAUCUUAAUAAUAUAUGGUAAAAAUCUUCAAAUACACCAGCUUACUGAAAAUUUGUAUUAUGAAAAAAACGAAAUAUAGUGUUUACAUUUGACAUGGGGUUUGACUUAUAUAAGUCUAAAUUUGGAUGUGUUGUAUACAUAUCCUUUCUAUCACACAGCCAUAGUCAUACAAAGUUCACAUGGGGUGUUAUUUAAUAUUCAACUUAAGCUAAUAUUAUGGCCAUGCGUCAUUGACUUCAUUCAAUGUAUAGGUCAGUUAUUAAUAACACAAUAUCUGAUUAGCUACAUCGUUCUAAGAUCAGAGAGUCAAACAGACAGACAGACAGUUUAUUUCGACUUGUACAAUCCAGUUCAAACGAAUAUUAAAUACCAGCCCUGACAGCUUAAUGGCUGAGGGGGUCGGGACCCCCGGAUUAGCUUGUAUUUAUUUUCCGUUUGCUUGUUAUGACGCGCUUGCCUGAACAAGUUUGGCUAAGAUAGAGCAGCGUGAAUGUUUUCUUUAUUGUUAAUUCGUGAAUCAUGAUAGGUGCGUGAUAAACAUACGGUGAUAAUGCAACGAUUACAUUCACAACCGUAAUUGAUUUCUUUUGUGGUCUACCACGCAACAUAACGUAACGUUGCGUAACCGCUGUUUACCUAUCUUGAUGUGGUGGCGUGUAUUGGGAACGUGUCCACGCGUGAUUGACCAAUAAUGAACCCUGGCCUUUAUCGUGAUGUGUAUUGACUGACCACAACAGGAAGCGUUAUCAUUUGUGACCAGACUGACAGAUUAUACAACCUUAAGUGACGGCUGCGUGUUUACAUGUGUAUACUUGUUGGAUAAAGAAACAAUUUUAUCGUAUAUAAUAAGUAGCAUUUAUACAUAGUGUGCAAUUUAACUGUUUUUGAAACUUACAUACGGUAAUAUAACAGGUGCGUUGGAAUUUGUUUUUGCUCUGGAUGACUACAGCAGUUUGAGUGGUAUUUGAUAUUUAAAAUGGUGGUAGUGAAUGAUCAAAACAUCAGUAUGGAGAGUUUGAUUCCAAACGUGAUCACUGGAACGCUGAAGACGAUGUUGCAGACGACACCUGGACCCGCGGUAACGCCUAUCGGACGCCACCGCCUGGAGUAUACAGUCACGGAACAGACCGAGGAUUAUGAGACGCGCGUGUACCCGUGCAGCACGUGGCUGUGUACGACAGUGGCCGGAGUGUACCAGGACGCCGCCAGAGUGGAGGCAUUUCGCCGCCUCCUCGCAUACAGCCAGGGAGAGAACGCUGAUGCGGCUCAACUAUCCAUAAAGCCUCCAAUAUUGACGCGGGUCUCCUCGGAGGGAACUGGUGGCUUCGAGCGGAAAUUCAUCGUCUGCACACACUUAUCAACUUCCGAUGGGACCACACAUCCGGAACCGACCAGCCCGAAUGUCUACAUAGAACAUUUACCAGAAAUGACAGUCUUUGUUAGCAGAUUUCAGGGUAUAUCGUGUGAGGAGAGGUGGACAAACGAGGCGCGGCAGCUGGCGGAGGUUUUAAGCCGGGUCCAGGACAUCCGGACAGACUUUUACUUUACCGCCACAUAUGAGAGUCCUUUCCAGCUGGUUUCCGGUCGCAACGAGAUCUGGUUUGUGCAUUUUGACCCAGACCAGCAGUUCGCUCACACGAAACCGGAACAUACCAAGCUUAAAUACGGCGCACAGUCGCUGGACAUUCCACCCGCUGUCUCAACACUUAUGUGCUUUCUGAUGUCAUAUUUUGCCGUGAUCUCAACAUUGGUCAAUGGAAUGUUUAACGUGACUUGUCUCGUGAAGGAUAACUGGAGCAAUAUACGGCAACACGCGGGCGCCGUUUCUAAGAGCGUGCAACAGAAUGUUUCCAUCUCGACGCUUCUGCGCACUGGACUCUCGGUGGCGGGAGCGUUGUGGAAUGUUACCGUUGCCGUGAUAACGGGAUCUUCAGACACUAAUGGGCAUUUAAGUAACAGGGAUAGAUAAUGUAAUAUCUGUUAUAUUUAUUGACUUAUUUGAUAUUGUAUUGAUUUAUUUAUAUAAUUAUUUUUUAGUAAAAUUAUUUUAUUUAAUGAACAUGUUUUUAUUCAAUGUUUUCAAUUGAGGUUUAUUGUUGUGUGUCUGUUUUUUUAUAUUUUAAUAUGAUUUAAGAAAAUAUAAGUUUAAAAAAAAGAAUGUUGUUUAAUGUUGUGUUGCUAUUUGUCUUUGCUGCCUUGGUUUCUCGGGGGUUUAAAGUUCAACAGUAAUGAACAGAAAUGCGGAGAAGUAUGAUCGUAAAUCAUAAUAUGUAUAAAAUGAAACUUUUUCAAAUGUCUGUAUUUCGUUUGAAUGUUUGUUCUACAUGAAACAUUUUAAUUAAGCCAAUUUGUAAUUGCAAAAACAGUUAUAUCUGAAAUUGUGGGAAAAAAUGUGAUUUUUUUUUUAAAAGCGGAUGAUAAUUCCAACUCUUUAUUUCUUUGCGGACGCAUACCGUUUCCGUUUUAACAUGAAAAUGCGUAACACAUAUUAUGACUAAUGAUGUGAAAAAGGUGUAAAUGUUUACAUGAAAUACCGGUCUUACACCACAACCAAUAACCCAGUGCUUUCAGCGCUUUGAUUGUUAAAUGGUAUACUGUAC